AUGCAGCCUGCUCUCGGAGCCCUCGGGCACACCUGGACUGCCAUGCGGGCCAUGGAGUUCAUCUCUCUGAUCACCAUCAUUGGAUUGACGGGCAACUUUAUUGGUGAGAUGGUCAAUGCCGAUUAUGCGGCGCCGUCUGCCCUGAUUGGAACACUGAUUGUUGCUUGCAUCUCAACCCUCUACAUCGCCAUCUCAUACAUUCUCUACUGGGAUGGCAUGCUUCCUCUCCUUCUUGCCACAGGGGCUGAUCUGAUGCUCCUCAUUGCUUGCAUUGUCGUGGCAUGCACAGUCGGCAAGCCCGUUAGCUACCUCUCAUGCCCCAAGUUCCCCUCAGAUGGUAACACGGCCAACUUUGUCAACUCCCUCUUCCACAACGUCUACCACUCUCGUGGAAACACCUUUGCCUGGGUCGACCCGGACAAGGCAUCAUGCUACCAGAUGAAGUCCGUCUGGGGUCUCAGCAUUGCGCUCUGCGUGCUCUUCGCCUUCUCGGCCAUCACCUCAGGAUGCCUGUGGAAGCGCACAAAGGGCCCUUCUCGCCCCGCCCCCAAGGACAUUGAGGGUUGA